GCUCGACAUGAAAUUGCUUUCUGCACCGAACCACAUUCCCGUCUUGCUCCUGACUGCCUCUUCGUCACCAUUUGGGCCCGAUUGUCCCGCACUGGGUAAUUACCCGAUGGUUCCAUCGUGUAUAGUAAUAGAGAGACUCUCAGCAGCCCGUCCGAGCGUAUCCAGUCUACCUAUUUACAGAUGAAGUCCCCCCCCCCUUCUACCUAUGUAUAUUAGAAAGCUGGAGUGGAAACGAUGGAGAACCGACUCUUACGUUUUGAGCACAUGUUCGGACAACAACACAACAAAAUUGCAUGCUCUCAGUGUACCAGGGGGGAUGAGAGACAUGUGCAAGAGGGGGGACGCGAUUUGGGGAUGAGAUUGCGACCCGAAGACGGACAAGCGCCUGUGUGAAUGACGAGCUGGUAAUCUCGGGGGUAAGGGGCCAUCCAGGUCCGGCGUCCCGGUUCCCAGCGAGUGAUGCGUUCGUUGCUCUAAUCCACAAGCGCAAGGGGG